AUGUAUACCAUCUCCUCUUCCUCUCCAUUAUUUCUUCACUGCCCACGGGCCUCACCAGAAGCAACGGGUUCCUCACUUAAUUCGCCAAGUUCCCCACCUCCUUUAUCCACUAAUUUUGUAAAUAAAAGUGUGGAAGAAGAGGGAGAACAACAGAAAAAUGAAGAUUUGUUAUUAAAAGAAUUAGCGGCAGAAGGGGAUGCUGAAUGUUUACUUAUUGCUUCUUGGCUAGAAUCUAAUAAUAAUAAUUGUGUUGGAAGUGAAAAUAAUAAUAAAGAUGGAAUUAAUAAUAAUGAUGGAUUGGUGGGGGAUAUUAGUGAGACCCAAAGACCUCGCUUUUCAUUGGAUCGACUAGUCCCUCCAGAAUUACAAUUAGAAACUACAAAACCAAUCCAAAGUAUUGAAGAAAAACAAAUUUGUGGGGAUUUUUCUUUACAAAAAUCCUCCCCUCGUGGACAAUGUCAAGGAACAGUUUAUGUACAUUUUCAUCACGAAAAAAAUAAUUUUGAUAUAAAAAUUAAAAAAGAAGGGGAAGAAAAUGGAGAACAAAAAAGAAUAAUAAAUUUAAAUAAAAAGAAGAGAAGGCUAUUGUCUAUAAAUAAUAAUAAUUUUGUUGUUGGUAAUGAACAAAGAAAUGAACAAAAUGAAGAAGUGUCAUAUCAACACCAACAAAUUCAAAAAGAAAAAGAAGAAAACAAAUCUUCAAUUAAUCAAAAAAUCUCCCCCUAUUCAACAUCCCCUUCUCUCCGUUCGGGGGUUACAUUACUCGAACAACUAGUCAAAUCUCAUCCUAUAUGGUUCCUUCCUCAUUUAAAUAGACAAGAAGCUUCUCAUCUUUUGAGGCAUCAGGAACCUGGAGUUUUUAUUGUUCGUGGUUCUAGCCGUAUUAUUAACAACAACAACAAUUCUUUUACAAAUUCUGAUACUUCGGCUUCUUUUCAUUCUUCCACCCAACGUUCCUCUAUUUCUGUUAUGGCCCUCUCUGUUAAAUUACCCCCUCCAAAAGAGGAAGAAGAAAACGAAGAUGGUAAUAAUGAAGAUAAAUUGGAUACAGAUCAGUUGGAUCAUUUUUUGCUUGAAGCUGUGGGUUCUGGGCAAUCUGUUCGAUUACAGGGAUCGGUGUGUUGUUUAAUAAAUAAAAUUUUUGUUAAAUAA